GGACUUAGUCAGCAGUCAUAAUUCGACAAAAACAAAUCCUUUUCUUCAUUCAACAAUUCUCAAUUUUACACCCACAACCGAUGCAAUGUUUUCUUCUUUAUUAUUUAUAUCCUAAUUGAAAUUCUCAUCUUUUCUUCUUCUUUAUUUAUUUAUUUAUAUUUUAAACUUUAACUACCCUUAUGUAUGUACCAGAAGUGGGUGCUGGUAGGUAUUUCUGUGGAUACACAGUGGCGAAGAUCCCUAUGAACAAUUCUUUUCAUUUUUCGAUCAAGCUUCAAUUUUGAACACAACCCAGCUAUUUCGGAUACCCUUUUGCCUAAAACUAAGUAAAAAAGUUUAAUUGAGGUGAAGAAUUAAUUUUUAUAAUUUUGUUUGUUUGUGAAGUAAAGUAUCUGUGUAUGGUGGGGAAUUGGAAAAGGGUUGUGGAAUUGGUGGAUAUGGAAUUGGAAGUUGAUGAGGAUCAAUUCUAUGAUACUUGUGAGGAUUUGUGUUCUGUUUCUGAUGAGGGUUUUGAUUAUUGUUUAGAAUCUUAUUCUGGUGGUAGUAGUAGUAAUGAUUAUGUUACUAGGUUCAAUUUUUGGACUAAAAACCUUGAAAGUGUUCAUCAUAGACGAGUCAAUUUUUUAAGAUGGAUGGGUUUGGAGUAUGAUGAGAAUUCAAUUGAUGGAGAUGAGUUUGGAGAAGAUUCAUCUCGUGGAGUUGACCGAAUCACUUCAACUAGUGGGGAUGGUUUGAGAACUGUAAAUCAGAUUGUGCUGGAUUCAUCAUCAAAUGAGGCAUCUAGGUUGUUAGAAAAUUGCGGUGAUGGUACCGAGAAUUUGGCAUGUAUGAUAAAGAAUUUGGAUGAUGGAACACGGUAUGUUGUAGAUAAAUUGGAUCAAGAUGGAACGCUUAAUACCCUGCGUGUUCUCGGUUCGAACCAAUUGAUUAGUUUGGAUGAGUUUCAUAAAAAUAUUGGGCCGUCAUCUUUUGUUCGUAGACAUUUGCAGAGAGAUGCUGAAAACACUAGAUUGUUGGGUGUUGCUAAAAAGAAGAUGAAGAAAGGUUGGUUAAGCAAACUGGAUUCUAUUGCUUGUUUUUAUCAUCAUAAUCAAGAGUUUGAUGAAACUUGCUGCAAUAAAGACUUAGACUCUAGGAUACAUAAAGUUCGUGUUCAGCCGCAUAAGAAGCGAAUUAAGGAGCUUUCCUCUCUUUAUGCUGAACAAGAGUUUAAAGCACACAAAGGUGUUAUUUUGACAAUGAAGUUCAGUCUUGAUGGAAAAUAUCUGGCUAGUGGCGGUGAAGAUGGCAUUGUGCGUGUGUGGAAGGUGAUUGAGGAUGUAAGAUCGAAUGAAUUGAACAUUCUAGACAGUGAUCCAUCCAAUAUAUAUUUCAAAAUGAAUGAAUUUACUGGUAGUGUGGCUCCCUUUGAUGUAGAUAAAGAAAAAUUAGUCAAAACAGAGAAGUUGAAGAGAUCAUCUCCUUCAACUUGUGUGGUUAUCCCACCAAAGACCUUCCGCAUAUCGGCAAAACCUUUGCAUGAAUUCCAUGGGCAUAAUGAUGACAUUUUAGACCUUGCAUGGUCCAAAUCAGGGUUUCUAUUGUCAUCCUCUGUUGAUAAGACAGUGCGCUUAUGGCAAGUAGGGAUCAACAAAUGUCUUCGAGUUUUCUCUCACAAUAAUUAUGUGACGUGUGUGAAUUUCAAUCCUGUCAAUGAUAAUGUUUUCAUCAGUGGUUCAAUUGAUGGAAAGGUGCGCAUAUGGGAAGUUGUUCGCUGUCGGGUUGUUGAUUACAUUGAUAUCAGAGAGAUAGUCACAGCCGUAUGUUUCCGCCCUGAUGGAAAGGGCACGAUUGUGGGCACCAUGGCAGGCAAUUGCCGUUUUUAUGAUAUCCUAGAUAAUCAUAUGAAAAUUGAUACUCAAAUGUCGUUACAAGGAAAAAAGAAGACAUCGGGGAAAAGGAUAACUGGCUUUCAGUUUUCGCCCAGUGACCCGAGCAAAUUGUUGGUCGCCUCUGCUGAUUCCCAUGUGUGUGUACUCUCUGGAGUUGAUGUCAUCUACAAAUUCAAAGGCCUAAUUUAAUCCCUUAAGACCAGUUUGUAAGACGAGGACUGCCUAAGCUUAUAAGCACUGCAAAGAUCAUAAGCAUAACUAGUCGAUGUGUGACUAAACCUACCCUCAUGCACCUAACACAAUGAAGGUGCUGGAGGCUGCAAAGAAGGCAACUCAGAUUUGCCGCAAUUAAGGCAGCUAGGGACAAACCGCAAUCAUGACGGAAUUUCUAACAUAUCUUGAUGUUUUCGUGUGUAUUUUAAAUUCUUGCAAUGAGGACUUGAUAUUGGAAAUAUAUGGGACUUUUCAAUUUUUGUGUGCUUUGAGAACCGAUUUCCGUUAUUAUAUCUCUUCUUGUUUUGCCUUCAGGCCUGAGAAGUGCAGGACGGAUGCAUGCUUCCUUCACAUCCGACGGGAAACAUAUCGUUUCACUUAGCGAAGGUUCAAAUGUUUGUAUCUGGAAUCACACUGGCCAGGAUAGGAAUACGUCCAAAGCAAAGCAGAUUUUGUCUUCCGAGAGUUUUCUAUCCCACAAUGCAACAAUCGCCAUACCUUGGUGUGGCAUUGAGUCAACGCCGUUGUCUCCUUCACUAGAUGAAAACUUGAUUCAGCGGUCAUCCUUGUCUUCUCCCGAUUGUUUCUUCAUGGGUCGAGGAUUUCUUUCCGAGUUAGUCCCAAAGGUUUCUGCUACAUGGCCAGAGGAAACACUUCUCGAUUCGGGGCAAACUGUUGUUUCUCCUACAAUAUGUAAAUCAGAGUAUAAGUUCUUGAGAAGUGCUUGCAAGGGAAUGUCUAAUUCUCAUUUGUGGGGCCAAGUGAUUCUAACAGCAGGAUCUGAUGGAUUCAUAAAAGUGUACCAAAAUUAUGGCCUACCCGUUCGCGUUUGAAACGCGAGAAUUUGUUGGUGUAUUCUAAAGUAAGUUACAAAGAUUCGUCGUUUGGUAACGCUGGGAUGCCAUCGUGUAAUAUUAUUCUUUAUACGAAAGUCGAUAUCGAUUAUAUGAUUCUUUAAUUUUUAAGGAUUGUCAGUUAAGAGAAUGUAAGUUUCAGUUUUGCUGAUAGUCCUUGUCAAAAUGUAAUUCCUGAUUGUUGUAUAGUAUAUAGAAGAUUUCAUUUAAUUUUAAUUUAUAGAUACAUGAAUUUAUACAUGAAAUGAAUAAUGAACUAUGCACUUGUCUUGUGCUUGCAUAAAUGCAAAAUGAGAUUUUUGUCUUU